GUUCAGGGCUGUUGGGCUUUGAGGACGCUCGCCCAGGCGUGGCCUUGGGAGGGGUGGGCGGCGUACCCUGGCGGCAGGAUGCUAGGAGAGGAAGCACCCGCGCCCUUAGGCCUGUGAGCGCCCCCGCUUUGCCUGCGAUGGCCGCUCGUGCUCACCUCUCCCCGGGGUCGGCCUGAGGUGACCGACGAUGUGACCGGCGGUGCCGGUGGUGGCGGCUGGCGGACGAUGUUCCCCCUCCUGGGCGCCACGACGCUGGUGCUGGUCGUCGGGACACCGUGGGUGUCGCCCGCAGCCGCAGAUGAACAUCAGCUGGAAUCUCCCCAGCAUGGACAAGUUUACAUCAUAGAUGACAACUUUACCCUGAAGUGGAACAGGACCAACGAGAUAAUCCCAAACGUGACUUUUUCAGCAGAUUAUCAAAAGUCUGAGAUGAAUGACUGGAUAGAAUUGCCCGGCUGUCAAUAUAUUACUGCUACCUCAUGCACCUUUUCCUUGCCCAACUUGAAUGUUUUUGAUGACAUUAAAUUCCGUAUAAGAGCAGAGAGAGGCAACAGCACUUCUGCGUGGCAUAUUGUGGACUCAUUUAUUCCGUUUCUCAAAGCUCAGAUUGGUCCUCCGAAAGUACACUUAGAAGCUGAAUAUAAGGCAAUAAUAAUAAGAAUCACUCCUUCCAGGGCAAAAAUGUGGCUUACGGAGAGACAAUGGUUUACAUACCACGUGGUUAUCUGGAAAAACUCUUCAAGCACAGAAAACAGAAAUCUAACGGUUUAUCCCAGAGAUACAAUUUAUGAACUCUCACCGGCGACUACUUACUGUCUAAAAGUGAGGGCAGAGCUAACUGAAUACAGCAUGGAGGGCAUCUACAGCCCUAUCUACUGUGCGAUGACCAAAGUGGAAUAUAAACUGCCUCCACCGGAAAAUGUACAAGUUGAUGUUGAAAAUCACAACUAUGUUCUUAAGUGGGAUUACGUGCUUACAAACGUGACCUUCCAAGCUCAGUGGCGCCAUGCCUAUUUAAAAUGGUCUCCUGAGGACCAAGCAGGGGAAUGGAAACAAAUUCCUGGCUGUGAAAAUGUCAGAGGAACCCAGUGUGUCUUUCCUCAGGAAGUUCUUCCACAAAGAAUUAUGUAUUCAUAUUCACUCCGUGUACGUGCAAUGGAUGGAAAUAACACAUCCCUUUGGUCAAAAGAGAAGGAGUUUGAGAGUCAAAAACAAACUACCAUCCCUCCUCCAGUUCUCAAUGUGAAAACCAUGGGUGACGCACUGCACGCCUAUGUUGGACCCUCACAGGAAUCUACAGACCUGCAUGGCUCACUCAUCUAUGAAAUCGUUUACUGGGAAAACACUUCAAGUACUGAGAGAAAAAUUCGACAAGAAGGCAAUGAUUUUACUUUUCCUGACUUGAAACCACUGACCCUAUAUUGUUUCAAAGCCAGAGCACUCAUGCGUGAAGAGCCCAAUCAAAGCAGUGAAUUUAGUGAUGUUAUAUGUGAGAAAAUAAAACCAGGUGAUAUGUCCAGAACCUUGCUGCUGGUCACAGCAGUCUGCGCCGUCCUCCCUGUUCUCCUGGUUGUCACGUUCGUCGCCAAGUGCCUCCUGAAGUACCUCUGCUCUGUGUUCUUCCCGUCCCCAAAGCCGCCUUCCAGCAUAGCUGAAUGUCUCUCCGAACAAUAUUUAGAGAAUAUCCUGCUUUCACCUUCUGAGGAGAAAACGGAACAGUGUUUCGUGAUUGAAGGCGCAACUGUGAUCCCUAGAGAGGAAGGCAUCAACAACACCAACGAAGACCUCAAGAAGUACAGUUCCCAGACGAGUCAAGAUUCGGGCAACUAUUCCAACGAAGAUGAAAGCAGAAGUAAAACAAGCACGGACUCUCUACACCUGGAAAGCGGCUGAGCAGAGAAGUGCCAUCUGCAACACUGAAUGUGGAGUGUUCCCCAGCUAGUCUGAGCUCCUCGCUCCACUCUGGAACCACGCAGAAGGGAACUCGCUUCCUGGGGAAGGGGAAAACACGUCUCCAAAGUCCUCUGAGCACGUCAAAGCACUUUGCCUGCUAAAGAGGAAACAGCAGGAACCAGGGAAGGCUUUCUAUGUUCCUGUCCACGUAUAAAAACUGGAAAAGCUGUGUUGGCCGUGACUUUGAAGAUUUCAGCUGCAGAAGGGAGCCACACGUAUCCCGAGCCCCGCCCCAGCAGCUGCAGGCAUUUGUGUCCCAAUCCCAGCGUGCUACUUGGUUCUGCAUUUCUGGAGACAGUGCGUCAUGAUUGUUUACCACCAAGAUAGGCCCAUUAGGGAUUUAUGCAGAGGUUUCAAACACCAUUGUCACUCUGUGCUUCACAAUGUCACUCGCCAUGAAGAGUAGCAAAAUGUUCGGCAGAAGGGCAAUGCUUAAAUCUGAGGAAAUGCCACCCCUGUAUCCUGAGAACAUUGACCCCUGCCCGUAGAUACUUCUCCUCGUAUGAGAUUAAAACCAGGUCAUCUUCAAGCUAUGCAUUUAAACUUCCUGAUGCCUGAUUUCACUGCACAGCAACUCGGGAGUGGAGUUGAUAACCGUUGACAUUCCGGAGAAAGGACUGUCUAACUAGAGCAGUGACUGUUAGAGUUGUUGGUUACAGGUCCAUCACUGGGUGCACAAGGAGUCCUGGCACCAAAAUGGCAGUAGUGGCAAAGCAUAAGAAGAGGAGGACCUGCAGAGGAAAGCAGCAGGUAAUGAUGGAAAAGACAGAAGAAGGGUGUGUAUCGGCAGCUUCAGGGUUCAGCCCCUGUGUUUAGCCCAGAG